ACGCAGACUGCUCCAGCAGCCAAAGAGGAGGCGGCGCGGCGGUAGCGGCUCUACGGAGACCGAGCCGAGACGCCAGACGGCCGCCAGCGCGCACGGCGCUGUCUUGCUCCCUCCCCCGAACGCACAGCCCGCCUCCUUCCGCGGUGGCUGCAGCCGCAGGCUCCCUCUGCCCUCCGGAGACGGACUCUGGAGACGCUCUGCGGGUCGCGGGCAUAGGGUCCGCGGCGCGGGGACCGUGAGACCGAGGCUAGCUGCCAGCGGUGGCCGGCACCUGGAGCCAGCGCUCCCGGCGCGGUCUUCUCCCCGGCCGGCGUCCCGUGCAUGCUCCUCCCGCUCGGGCAGUCGCCUCCGCUCCCCGGGGCUGAGACGCCCGCUUCGCCGCCUGCCAGCUCGGUGACCCAGGCGACAACAAGCCGGCUGUGUGCAGAGGCCAGUCGCCACCGCAGCGAAGAAACAAAAUGUCAGUCAGCGUGCACGAGAACCGCAAGUCCAGGGCCAGCACUGGCUCCAUCAACAUCUAUCUGUUUCAUAAGUCUUCCUAUGCCGACAGCGUCCUCACUCACCUGAACCUUUUACGCCAGCAGCGCCUCUUCACCGAUGUCCUUCUCCAUGCUGGGAAUAAGACCUUCCCUUGCCACCGGGCAGUGCUGGCUGCAUGCAGCCGCUACUUUGAAGCCAUGUUCAGUGGUGGCCUGAAAGAGAGCCAGGACAGUGAAGUCAACUUUGACAACUCCAUCCAUCCCGAAGUCUUGGAGCUGCUCCUUGACUAUGCUUACUCCUCCCGGGUCAUCAUCAAUGAAGAAAAUGCAGAAUCGCUCCUGGAAGCUGGCGACAUGCUGGAGUUUCAAGACAUCCGGGAUGCGUGCGCAGAGUUCCUGGAAAAAAACCUGCAUCCCACCAACUGCCUGGGCAUGCUGCUGCUGUCUGAUGCACACCAGUGCACCAAGCUGUACGAACUCUCCUGGAGGAUGUGUCUCAGCAACUUCCAAACCAUCAGGAAGAAUGAAGAUUUCCUCCAGCUGCCCCAGGACAUGGUGGUACAGCUCUUGUCCAGCGAAGAGUUGGAGACGGAAGAUGAAAGGCUCGUGUAUGAGUCUGCAAUUAACUGGAUCAGCUAUGACCUGAAGAAGCGCUACUGCUACCUCCCAGAACUGUUGCAGACAGUGAGGCUGGCUCUCCUGCCAGCCAUCUAUCUCAUGGAGAACGUGGCCAUGGAGGAACUCAUCACCAAACAGAGAAAGAGCAAGGAGAUCGUGGAAGAGGCCAUCAGGUGCAAAUUGAAAAUCCUGCAGAAUGACGGCGUGGUAACCAGCCUGUGUGCCCGGCCUCGGAAAACCGGCCAUGCCCUCUUCCUCCUGGGAGGACAGACUUUUAUGUGUGACAAGCUGUACCUGGUAGACCAGAAGGCCAAAGAAAUCAUUCCCAAGGCUGACAUCCCCAGCCCAAGAAAAGAGUUCAGUGCAUGUGCAAUAGGCUGCAAAGUGUACAUUACUGGGGGGCGGGGGUCAGAAAAUGGAGUCUCGAAAGAUGUCUGGGUUUAUGAUACCCUGCAUGAGGAGUGGUCCAAAGCUGCCCCCAUGCUGGUGGCCAGAUUUGGCCACGGCUCUGCCGAACUAAAACACUGCCUGUACGUGGUCGGGGGGCACACGGCCGCAACUGGCUGCCUCCCAGCCUCCCCCUCGGUUUCUUUAAAGCAAGUAGAACAGUAUGAUCCCACAACCAAUAAAUGGACCAUGGUGGCCCCACUCCGAGAAGGUGUUAGCAAUGCCGCAGUAGUGAGUGCCAAACUCAAGUUAUUUGCUUUCGGGGGUACCAGUGUCAGCCAUGACAAGCUCCCUAAGGUUCAGUGUUAUGAUCAAUGUGAGAACAGGUGGACGGUCCCAGCCACCUGUCCCCAGCCCUGGCGUUACACAGCAGCAGCUGUGCUGGGUAACCAGAUUUUUAUUAUGGGAGGAGACACAGAGUUCUCUGCCUGCUCUGCUUAUAAAUUCAACAGCGAGACCUACCAGUGGACCAAGGUGGGAGACGUGACGGCGAAGCGCAUGAGCUGCCACGCUGUGGCCUCCGGAAACAAACUCUAUGUGGUUGGAGGAUAUUUUGGCAUUCAGCGCUGCAAAACUCUGGACUGCUACGAUCCAACUUUAGAUGUGUGGAGCAGCAUAACCACAGUCCCGUAUUCGCUGAUUCCCACUGCAUUUGUCAGCACCUGGAAACACCUGCCUUCUUAAAUGUACAUCCUAAAGAGAAUGAGCUUGAGCGUGCUCCAUCACUUGACGAGGAAAAGCCAAAUUUAAUGAAGAGAAAGAAAAGCAAAAAGGAGAAGUUGCUACGAGACAUGUAUAAAAUCCGCCGCACCUUGUAAAUGCUCUAACUGGACAUGAAGGAAGAGGGGUGGGGGAGGAGGGUGGGAUUUUCAGUGCAAGCAGCACAUGGUUUAAAUAUGAAUGACUGAACCUGUGAUCUAGUCCUUGUCUCGUAAUUGUGGAUUAAUGUCAGCGUUAAUCAGCCCCUCAAAGGGAGAGAAAAGCUGGACCUUUUCCCUAGCUGUACCCAUAUUCAGCAUUUGAUUUCCUUGAGCUCCACCAUUUAUGUGUAAAAUUUGAAAUGGUUGUCACCUCUCUGCGGACUGAGCUUGAAGUCUCCACACCAGCUGCUGUGUGGAGCAGCUUCAAAUUCAAAGCUGGAUUGGGCAGCUGGCUGGGCUGGCUGGAGAAGGAGCACCACAUGGGACUCACCCUUAAUAUGCAAGGGGUUGUGCUCCCCAGGUAGUUUUCUGAACAACGGGGAAAUUGUUGGUAGAUGUUUGGUAGAGUUCCUUUCUAUUUAUAAGUGAUUUUAAGCUUUUCCUUGGCUGUUAAGAAAUUUGUUAUAGGUUUAGCUAUUUAUUGUUUGAUGCCUGCAUGCUGAAACAAUGCCGACAGUUGUCUUCACGUGUAUGGACAUGUAUGAACAGUUGUAUGUUUUGCACAUUUUGUGACUGUUAAGGUGUGCUUCGUGCACAGAAAUGAAAACUUUCAAGUUACAGUCUGAAGUAUAACUGGAGGGUGGGUU